AAAAAAAUGAACGCUGGUAGAAAAAAUUAAUGGAGCAAAGCCAUGACUGGUUUAGUUAAUGAUUAAAAAGUUUUAGUCGAUUAAUAUCUUCCAAGAAAAUGUGAAUGGACAAAUAGAAUUAUUCAUUCUACUGAUGCAUCUUCAAUUUAAGUUAAUGUUGCAGAAGUUGGAUUAAAUGGAUAAAUGAGUGGGAAAAAAACUUCCGUUAUUUUAAGUGGAUAUAUUAGAGCUAAAGGAGAUUCUCAUGUAGCUUUAGAAACUGUACUUAAAGAAAAAGGUUUAUAUCCUAUUUAAGAAUGAUGUUUUUUUUUUUAUUAAAAACAUCUUUUCAUUUUUAAUUUUUAAAUUAAAAAAUUAAUAAAUUUAUAUAAAACAAAAAAAUUAUUGUGUGUAUUUUUUAUUUUUAUAAAGUAAAAUUUAUUUAUUUAAAUUUUUUUUUUU